GUCACUAAAUCUGCUCCCUCCAACUUCCCACACCACAAAAAUCCUGACUCUAUCAAUAAUCAUUGGCCACUCUCACAAUCCAUGGCUUCUUCACUUCUUUCAGCCGCUCUUCUCCCUUCUUCUUCCUUUGGUCUCCACCUCCGCAUUCCCAGAACCACUUCUUCCAAGCUCCGAAUCCUUUCCAUCCAUGCCACCAAUGUCGAGCUAAUUGCAGAUCCACCUACCCCUUCUUCCCAAAGGCUAAGUUUUGGCUUCCAAAAUGUGGCGGAUACUUUUUGGGUCAAUGUACAGCGGGCUGAGGGUAGGCCAUUGAGUAUUGGGCUUAAUUCCCCAUUGCAUUUUGGGAACUCCAAGCUUGAAACUCUGGACAAUGUUGCUAUGAGAGUUGAACUUAGUAAUGGUUGUGUUGGUUGGGGGGAAGUUCAAGUGCUUCCUUCUGUUACUGACGUUAGUCUUGAAAUGGCUCUUGCUAAGGCUCAGGAGGUUUGCAACUUCCUCCGUCGUACUCCGCCGGCCACUCUGAGUUCGGUGUUUAAUGAUGUUACUGGCCUCCUUUCCCCUCGAGAGUUCGCUCCGAUCAGGGCUGGGGUAGAGAUGGCACUGAUUGAUGCAGUUGCAAAUAGCAUCAAUGUUCCACUCUGGAGAUUAUUUGGUGGCGUGACAAGUACAUUAACAACCGGAAUAACAGUCCCAAUUCUUUCCCCAGAGGAGGCCUCAAUCUUGGCUUCAAAGUUUUGCAAUCAAGGAUUUGAAACUCUUAAGCUUGUUGUUGGGAAAAACUUUGCUGCAGAAAUUGCAGCUAUUGAGGCCAUUCAUGCAGCUCAGCCCUGCUGCUCGUUCAUGUUUGAUGCAAAUGAAGGAUACACACCCGACGAAGCAAUUAAGUUUCUUGAGAAAUUGAAGGAUGUGGGAAUAGUGCCUCUUGUUUUUGAGCAACCUGUAGACAGAGAUGACUGGAAAGGUCUUCAAGAAGUCAGUAACGUCGCUAGAAUGCAUGGGAUACCUGUUGCUGUGGAUGAGAGUUGUCGGAGCUUGACAGAUGUUUGUAAGAUAAUCGACGAAAAUCUUGUGGAUGCCAUAAACAUCAAGUUGCCCAAAUUUGGAGUCCUUGGAGCUCUUGAAAUAAUAAAUCUAGCAAGAAAAUCAGGCUUGAUUCUUAUGGUUGACAGCAUGGCCGAGACGAGACUCGGAACCGGCUUUGCAGGCCAUUUGGCUGCUGGAGUUGGUUGCUUCAAGUACAUUGUUCUUGAUACACCACUUUUAUUAGCAGAAGACCCUGUUGUUGGAGGUUAUGAAGCUUCUGGUGCUGUUUACAAGUUCAAUAAUGCUAGAGGACAAGGAGGCUUCUUGAAUUGGAAUCUUCUUCCCUGCGCAAGUCAAAGACCCAACUAAACAUUGAUAAUUGACCAUGAAAUUAUUAAUGGCUGAUUCGUUUUAAACUAAAUUUGUUCCAAUUUCCUUAUUAAAAUCACUCAAUCAUCGAAAAUAUGUAAAUGUAUUUCUAGCUUGAUUUUUUGCAACUUUAGAAGCAUUAGUGUAAUAAAAGGAAAAGGGAAUAAAGGCUUACAAACAUAAACAAGAAACAGAGGGCUGGGGGAAUAUCUAUAUUUGAUUACAGUCUAGCACAAACUAACAACUGCCCCAUUAAGUUUUUUCAUUUCAAAGAGUUUAUAGAUCUGAAAAUACCUACCAGCUUGGAAAAGCCAUGAAUUUGAAUCCUCCCCCUUGUACACUGACAUCUCCACCUUCUUAAAUUUACUUUGACUCGUUUCUUCUUCCUCCAGCUUUUCCUUGGCUGUCGACUUCAAUGAUACAUCUAAUCGUUGUGAAAUUCCUUCCCUUUAAUUUCAAUUGCAAAGUUGUUCUCGUGUCGAUGAAGAUUCUCCUUCACGUUUUGACACCAAUUCAAUAGUUCUUUUUGCAAACAUCUUCUGAUUCUUCUCGAACUAUCGUCGUUGUUC